UGGUCGUUUGGCGAAAUGCGGUAGAUUGAAAUUUCACUUACCGCUCGUUCUAGUAGAAGUCUGUUUUGAAAAAGCGUUUCGUUUCUUUUGGCGAAAUGGCAGAAACGGAAUUAGGUCCUAUGGAUGUAGAAUGGGAUUAUAACUGCCCACAAUACGUCGAUUUCAGCGAGCCGUUACCUCUGGAUGAUAGCGCAGACAAAUGGUUUGAUGCAGACCAUGAAGAUUUUGAAGAUAGCUCCAUUCGUAUCAGUUCAGAGUACAAAAAUGAAGUUCAGAAACCCCUGGAAGGAAAUGUGAAAACUCCCAAAGUACAAACCCCUACUCCUCAAGCACAGGUGGCACCAAUGAAAUCAGAGGGAAGCGCAGGAACAGUUACUCGUCAACAAGCAAAGAUGACCCCACCAUCAUCAAAUAUCAUCACCUCCCUGGAUGAAUGGAGGGCCAAGAAGCCACAAACUGUAACACAAUCGAAAGCCGAGAAAAGAGCAAACAGCUCUUCUGGUGGUGAUGUUUCCAAUCUGAAAUCAACUGACGUGUCCCCAGUUACAUCAACCAGUGACAGCCAAAGGCCUGCUCUGAAAAGACAACGGAUCUCUGGUAGCAACAUUCGAAGGAGUGGUUCCCAAAGCAAAUUAGAAGGGUCAAAUAAUUAUCGAAGAAGUGGGUCCCAAGACAAAAUGGAAGUUUCAAGCAAGAGAUCUUUAAAGAGGAGCAACUCUUCAGCCAGUUCAUCCAAACCUGAGAGAAUAGCUCGUCCCCAUACUCGAGGCUAUUCAGCUGGUCGUCCAGUUCCCCAGAAUAUAGAGGACGCUGAGGCUCCAUGUGCUAAGAUGCCCAGAAUGCCAACCCUUCCCACAACACCAACCUUUAUGAGGAGGAAACAACUGGCUGCUGGGUCUCCUCGGGUUAAAACUACAGAGGAGCAGGAGUUGGAACAGAUCGCACAGAUGAGGAAGGAGCUGGCCAAGAAGAGAAAGAUGGCUAAGGACUCCCUGCUGAAGAGUAAGAAUGCUCCUGGUUAUGCCCCUGUGUGUAACUCCCGGGAACCCACUAUAGUACAGGACUUCAAGUUCAGCACAGACAGUCGACUCAAGUCACAGCACCAGGACGUCCAAGAUGAGAGUACAGUUGACUUUGUGAGGUGUCUCCGUUCUAAUACAGCCUCCUCUUCACAGCAGGGCCCAAGAAGUUUAACCAGACCACAGCCCUUCAAGCUGACAACCAGCCACAAACCAGCACCACAGACAGAGAAGUUCCAGUCCAUGGCGCAGUCUGUUGCAGCUUUCCACAGAUCUACACCCGACAGGUUCAGAAGAAAACCUCGAGCCACCAGCUCUGAUAGAAAGUUACUCAAGGCACGAUCACCUCACGCCCUUCGCCUCACCCAACCAGAGACGCCCAAACUAGAGACACGUCAUCGUUACCGGGCACCGACUGUGCCAAGUCAGAAGGAUAUUGAGGACCAGGAGUAUCAGGAGAUUAUGAAAUAUCAGUUCAAGGCUAACCCAGUGAACACAAGGAUCAUGAGUCAGGCCACAGGUCUCUACAAACCAGAGCCAAAGCCAGCGACCAAACCAGAGGAGUUCAACCUUCACCUGGACAGGCGCUUCCAGGAACGGCCAAAUAAAGCUGCAGAUGAAGAUGAAUUUGUUUUCCAUGCUCAGCCUGUGCCGAGGAAGAUUCUGGAGGGAACAGUGGGUGUAAAGCCAGCCAAGGAGAUACCUACCACAGUGCCUCAGUCUCCAGCGUUUGCUCUCAAGCAUCGUGUCCGGCUUCCUGUGGAAAUACCACAAGAAAAGGAAACAGAAAAGCCUUUGCCCAAGGCUCAUGCUGUGCCUCACCCAGGCAUCCCGUUCCAGCCCAAACUGUCCCACAGGACAACUACCCCAGAGCCAUUCAGCUUUGAGAGUCGCUACCCUGACCCCAUUGCUGUGAAGGAGGCCAAACUGCGGCAGAAACUUGAGGAGGAACAGCGGGCACGGGAGUUCCGGGCCAACCCUUUGCCACGUCUGGAGCCUGUUCUGCCCGAGAGACACACCAAGCUCUGUACAAAGAUGGAACCAUUCAACCUCCAGAGUGAGAUCAGAGGUGCCAAGAAGUCAGAAGAGUGGAACCACAAGGUUUUGGAAGAGGAGCAGUUGAAACAGAAGCAGGCGGCGAUGUUCAAGGCCAGACCUGCCGACGUUGUCCACCAGGAACCCUUCAUGCCGCAGAGAUCUUCACGAGCACUGACAGAUGUGAGUGAGUUGACUCUGAACACCGAGAGACGAGCUGUUGAUCGGGAUGAGUAUGAAUUGAGAAAGAAGGCACGAGAGGCUCAGCUGGCAGAACUGAACCAUGAACGGGAAGCACAGAAGAUGGAGGAAGAGAAGGCUGCUAUUGCUAAACUGCGGGCAGAGAUGGUUCACAAGUCCAACCCAAUCAGAAAAUUCAAACAGGUCGUUGUCCAGGGCAGCGAGAAACCACCAACAUGUCCAGAGUCCCCUAGAUUCUCAGACAGACUACGAGGCAAAGUCCGAGUAUAAGCAACAGUUGGCACUGAUAUCUCUUCAUUCAUUUAUUCAUACACGUGUGAAUACAGCUCAUCCAGUUGAUUGUUGCAGACAGCCAAUUUGGCUCCAUCUCAUCAAUAGCAGUCAAACAGAAUCUUGGAUAGUAAAACACUGUACAUAUUUCUGACUUCAGUAUUGUACAGAUUCAACUACAGUUACAUCAACAGCAUUUAGACUAUGCCCUGUCUCUAGAACUGCAUAUUAUUAGAUUUGAUUUUUGUAAGUCAUAGCUUUAUUCCUUCACUUGGAAUCAAAGAACACUUGGAAUCAACAGGUCUCAUUUGCAGAAUCAUGAUCAAAUGUUGAAUAUCGUAACAUCAUCUUCAGUGGAACAAAUUUAAGCUCAUUUUAUUAAAAAACAUUGCUUCUGUGUAAGCAUUUUUAUUUAUGUUUAUAUUAGAUUUUAUUUAUCGUUAAAACAGCAAUUUGUAAGCAUUGCAAUAGGCUUACCAGGGGAUUAGGAUUUCCUUCAGGAAUAUCCAGAUGUAUUAUAAGGCAAUAUUAUUUUAUUGCAUUACAAGACAAUCCGAUAUUUCCAAUAUUGAAAAGAUUUCUUUCUUCUGCCAAGGUUGAUAAGACCUUGUAAUAAUAACCUUGAAGAGAAGGCAAAUCAUUUUCAUCAGCUGUGAGUUUUUGAGUGGCAAAGCUCCUUAAACAUAAUAUAUUUAAUUACAUCAUAUGGCAUCUAGCAAAAUUGUGUUAAUGUAACUUCCAGGCCAAUGCCCUCAAAAUGUGUGAUUGUUUGACUGCAACUCCAACAUGCAAGGUGUAGUGCUGCUCCGUGACAAUGCUGUAUCCAAGGUGAUACAGGUAGAACUACUGCAAGUCUAAGCAAACUUUGAGGGAAAUAUUGUAGUCUGUUUUCAGAUGAUUACUUAGAUUUCACAAUGUGUGAUGGUAUGAUAUGGUGACAGGCCAAUAAUCAUUAUGUUUAUUUCCUUGGAUGAAAAAAGCACAAGUAUGCACAUGUCCUAUGUACUUUGUUGCUGGUGUCUUUGACACCCUUGAAGCACCUGAUGCUGCAUUUAGUUGUACAUAUGAGUGGAGAGCUUGCUAAAUGUUGGUCUCUGUGCUCAGACUUCUCUGCCUGUUAUGCCUCGUGUCUUUUCUACCUUCUGUAUCUCUCCAUGAGUCAUUUCCCCUUUGUAAUUAUGUAAUCUAAUGCUAUGUGAAUAAAUUAAGAAACCCAA